CCCGUCAGUCGCGUGAAGAUAUUCUCCGAGUGAGCAGGUGGCUGAAUCAACACAGAGUCGAUAUAUAUAUCUGCCGAUACUUGCCAGUUAUCGAUCAAAUUUCCAUUUAGGCAAUUUAUUGAUUAGAUUUUAAUCCAUUGCAUAGAACUUUCAACGGAUAUACAUUUUCUCACGCUUUCACGGUACAAUGCAGGGCCCUAAGAUCGAUAUCGAUCGACAUCUGGUUUAGUUUUUUUUUUUUUCUCCGACAAAAAAUUUCAUCCGACUGUGAACAAUUUGGAGUAUUUUGGAAAUAUCCAGCCAUUGGGCGGUGCCGAGGUUGGCAUUUAUUCGGAGAUUCUGCAUCAUUACAUCAGCGAUGACGAGGUUUCAGGUACUACUUGUUCUCACCGUCGCGACGGCCGUCGUCUGUUCGACAGGCGUACCUCCGUCACCUAGUUAUACAAAAACGAUGCUGAAGGUCGGAAGAAGUUUACCCGGUGAAACAGAAGAAGUAAAAGUGAGAACGAGCGAGGGUGGUUUGGCAACGUUGAUUGUCAAAAGGAGAGAACGUGUCAACCAACCGGAAGUGUUCAGUAACGCAAAUCAGAAUGAAUCCAACCAAUCGUCUUUCAUGGCUGGAGGGUCGCAAGGGCGAGACGAAGAGGCUCAGAAGAGAGUAGAAAAAGAGCAUAUCGCCCGAAUCCGUGACCAGGUUGAGCUGACGGUUCUUCGGGAAGUAAACCCCGUUAACGAACAGGGGAAAUCCGAAGUGAAGAAUUUCAGUCAAUCCGGAAGUGGAUCGGUAGAUCACGGAAGUUGGAUUCCAUUAGGUAGUAAAGGAAGAGUUCUGGCGGAGAGAAACGAAGAGAUCUACACCAGUUGGAAGCCGGUAGAGGCCGAGCAGAAAACAACGAACGAUGAAAGAACUAGUCAUUCGAAGUAUUCGAAACGAAAUUUUCAACACCAAGGUUCACUCUCCGCUGAAAGACACAGCCCCGAAGACAGAAACGAGCGGAAUCUCUUGUUCGUCAAUUUGAAUCCACAAAAAAUAAUCGGGAACGAAGAUCAAAGAGCCCAGGGAUUCCUGCCCAGCCAACCUAGACCUUUGACCAGGACGAACAUUGGCGCCAAUAUUCACAAGAAUCGAAAUGGUAAAAAUGUACCACCGGAAGUGAUCAUUAGAUCCGUUGUGAACGUAAAACCAUCGGCAAAGAGGACGCCGAUGACGUUGGACGCUGAUGGCAUACCGACCAUUCACGGUCAGCGAGUACCAGAUGAUCCUAUGGACAAAAUUCAGACCUGGCGUAAUGCGCGAGUCAUCAACAAUAAGCUGAUACCGGACAGUGCUACGGUAGUGACCUUGGAGGCUCCGAAUAAUUUCUUUACCGCCGGCAACGCCGCGGAACGUCAGCGAUUCGAAAAUUUUUUUGACGGCGUUAACAGAAGAUAUGGGAGACAUUCCGAACCCGAAGGAAGAAAUGUUUACUUUGAAUGGGACCCAAAGAAUUAUCAGAACGAUGCUUUGAAAGCUGAAGUGUACAACGCGAUGAAUGACAAUUAUAAUUCUAAUGUUCAGAAGAGGAUGUUGCAUCCGGAGAGUGUGGCCAAUUAUCCAAAUUCUCAGACUUAUAUGCCAGAAAGUCAAAAAAUUGCUCCGGUCGCGUUGAAACCAGGCGUCCGAGCUCCAGUUUUGCAGUAUGCUCAUCCGGAAUUGGGUGUGCAGCCGGCAAAAAUCGUUAAAAACGAUAUGCGACAACCGGAGAACUUCGAAAAUCAGCAGGCCUUCUCUGAAACUCGUCAGAAAAAGAAGUACGUACUAAACGAUAAAAACGUCGUGGACUUCUACUCAUCGAAGCUCUAUUACCCAAAUCAACGUUUUUACGGUCUUAAGCCACAGAACGAUCAACCAUUUUGGGUAAAAAUAUCUGAAAACCUGAAGAAUCAAUUUUCCACCGGUGUUGAAAAGGUGUCCAGAUUAACUCGUCCGGUUUUCGACCCUCUCGUUGAAGCCACGCAAAAAAUAUCGAAGAAUCUAGGCCUUUCCAGAGACACGGCACAAAAUAAAGUUGGAACGGUCGCUUCGAGCUCGUCAAUUCUCAUUCCAGCUCUGGGUCUAGUCGCUUCCGGCGCUGCUCUUGGAAUUGGUGCAGUUGCCGUUGGGAGAUAUCUCGACGUCGACGUUCUCAAGAGAUCAAAUGAAAAAGAAAUCGACCUGGAACACAAACGAGCUAUGGAAUCUGUUGCGGCUAGCAAUCCUGAACGAGAGGAACCUACGAAUGAAGGUCAAUCGAAGUCAUGGCAGGCGGAAACUUUCGGUGCUAAUCGGGCCGUUGAUUCGGUCCAGCCCGUUGAAAAUUUCCCGAUUUUUAUGAAUGACGAUGAAAAUCUGCACGGCCGGGAAGACGAAGACGGUGUUUUUCUCGUUCUUGAAGAAUCCAACGAUUCCGACAAGGUAGAAGAUAGACAGACGCGACCUUACGUCGAUGAACUCGAGUACGUAGAAACCAGAAGACACAGACGAAGUAUUGACAAUUACAACGUCUUCGGGGUGGCUGGAACAGAAGUGACUGAUGCCAUCAGAGAUAAACGACUGCAGAGAAAAAAUUUGGACCGAAAGACCGAAAUAGUUGAAAUUGAUUCACCUGGAGGUAGAAACAUUGAUCUCAAAGAGUUUCUGCUACCAACAAUUGAGUAUCCUUCUGUAGGCGAUGAGGGUACGAUUCUCGUUGUUGAAUCUCCCGAAGAUGUCGUCGUGGAUCGACCAAUUAGAAAUUAUGAUCAAAAUAGAAUCGCAAACGUGGCAAACACCGUCGACGAGAUAAUCAAAAUGUCUGAAAUUGAGCGUGAUAAAAAAUCUGAUAUUUACAAGAGAUCGAAACGCAGCUUAAGCACGGAUCAGGAACUGCAAGACACGUUCCAAAAUUUGGAAAACGCCGAAGUUGCCGAAGCUGGACACGUUGAGGGCGACUGGACGAAUACGCCUUGCGCUAAAAGGAUAUUUUGUGAUGCCAUGAUCCUCAGGGGGCCUGACGCCGUAAUGUUCAUGGAGAAAAAGAUGGCAUCUCUCUUGGCAUUGAUACAACCCGGAGCUGCCAACCAAGUUUCAAGUCAUUUCGAAGAAGUUAUAGACGCCAUUCGCAGGCACGACUGUUCCGGUUUUCUUUGCCCCCAAGCGAGGCCUGGAAAUGUAUUUUUCUAAAAUACCCGAAGGAACGCACUUCAAUAGAGCGAAAAAACAAAAAAUAAUCAUUCACCACUGCAUUAAAAAGCUGACAAAAUAUCGCCAUCGAACAACAGGAAAGAUCAACUUGAGCCGAGCAAACACAAAAUUGUUCUACGUACAACCUACGGACACCGGACGGAGAGAAAAUUCAACAAGAUUGCGACGUUGUUAUACCGAAUCGAAUUUUAUGCAAUCGAGUUUGAAAAUUAUUACGGCUGGAUGUAGUUAUUUUUCAGUGCGAUGACAGCUUCAUAAUUAUCAUUUGAAUAAUUUUGCUCAGUUAUAAAUAAUUAUCGUCGUUGAAAGAUAGGUAUAUAUUGUAUCAAUAGUGGCGGAAUACUUGGUUAAUAUUUUUUCGCUUUUCAUUAAUUGGAAAAAAUGAAUUAAUAUUGAAUUUAUAUGCGUUACUAUUGUUAUGAAAAAACCUGCAGGUUUUUAAAAGCCAAAUUGUAAAUAGCUAUUCACCGAAAUAACUUCCUAUUUAAUGCACAUACUUCAUUUAAAUUAUGACAAAUCGAAUGUAAUAGGUAUGUAAGUAAACCAGAUGUUAGGGAACCAGGAUGUCGUAACGUUUCUUUUCAUUCUUGUCCUUUUUUGUUUAUGAAAUUUGAGAAAUAACAUUUUUACAGAGACCUCGAUUUUGAGGUGUAAUAAAAAUUAAAAAAAAAAUACAAUCAUAGUAGCAUAAGUGUAUUACACCUAUAUCAGCAUCUCUGCGCGUCUACACGUUCAACUGAUACUGCGAUUAUAGCUAAGUGAUCAUGUUUAGCCCAAUAAAUAUUCAUAUCUCGUGUCAUCAUCAUCAUUAUGAUCCUACACAAGAAUGGUGGAGAAAUAUUUUUAAUUUAUUGCGUUAACGAUGAUCAUGGUUCCCGAAAAAACAUCAAAUUAGAUAAUAUAUAAAUGUCGAGAAGUUUAGUUGUAAAAAAAUGCUAAUAAAAUAGUCGAGUACGCAAUAGUAUAUGUCAUAUAUAGGUACUCCGAUACAUGCAAGUGUGCACGAAUAUAUGUAUUGAAUAAUUGACGAAUAAACUAUCUAUUUUUGAUGAAAUAAAACAAAA